UUCAAAUAAUAAUUAUAGCCUUGUGGCUGUUUGUGCUGUUUUGAAAAAGGUUCUUGAGUCAUGAGAUACAAUUGUUUGUGAGGUGGCGUACGUUUUGAAGUUCAUGUUCGUGUGUGUUUGUCUUUUUUAGGCAAUUCUCAUGUCGACACACGAUGAUCUCGCAGAUGAAACGGCCGCUAGUUUUGAACCCGAGGAGCGAAAUAGUUUGGAAGCCGAAUGUUUUGAUGUUCACAACGAUAUAAUGGCUUCUCAAAACGUUCCCUCGUCUUCAGGUGGUCUUGAUAUGCUGAAACAAUAUAGUUCAGAGGGAGAAUUUACAGUGGCCAGUGACAAGCAGGAUGAACGAAACUUAGCGAUUUCAACAGGUGAAGGUCUUGACCAAGAUCAGGUGUUGGAUUUAACUAGCCAAGCUCCACCAGGAAACGAUCUGGAUGCACUAGAUGGUCUAGAUUCAUAUGAUUUACCAGAACUGGCAGAAGGCGCGGCUGGCUUGUCAGGUCCGGUGCACGAUGUGGCUGAAAUUCCUAAUGAGUCGGCUGCAUCUGAACAGAUGUUUCUGGAUGAUGCUGAACAGAGUUCGCAGGUUGAGUUGAUACUACCGAUGGCUGGUGGAAGUCCAGCAGACAGCGUGCAGGGUGAUGAUCAAGGUGAUGCUAUGUUGCAGCCGCAGGCAACUGCCGGUCACUCACCAUCGCCUCCUGUUCCUCCGGAUGCCAACGCUACAGCACAGCCAACCGUUCUGGAAUUCACGGAGACUCCUAUUCUGCAUGAUGAUGAUGCUGCUGCUGCUGCUGCUGCUGCUGCGCCUACUGCCACUUCCGCUAGCUUUGUGGAUGAUCUCGGUGAUGUACCGGACCUAGAUUUUGCUGACGAGUUCGAAAGAGGGCAUUUUGAGGACCGCUUCAAGUAUCCGAUUGGACAUCCGCUUGGUCCGCUGCCCGAUGAUGAUGAGUAUUUUGCCCACGCGACGGCUUCUGCUGAUCUUCCAUCGCAGAUCAGAGAACUGUCAUCCAGCGACACAGAGGGAGAGGAAGAGGUGCGUGCCCGCGCCAAGCAGAAUGAGCGCAAGAGCCAGCAAGCCGGGGGCGAGAAGUCACAGUACCCGCUUCUGAGCGGAGGAGGGCAUCUAGGACCGAGGGUGUACAACGCGCCCAUACCUCAGGAGUUGAACGUGGCGUCGUACAUGAAGGAGGUGGUCGGUGCCCCGGCUGCCACGCAGGACGAGUGGCAGUCAGGCGAGGGCCAAGAUGACUUCUAUUGCGAUGAUGAUUCGGAUGACGAGGACAGCUCGGGCAGCGCGUACUAUGAUGCCGUGCGCGGCGAGGAUUACGACGGCGAUGACGAGGAUGUGGAGGUGGAGGAAUACAGCCCGUACGCGGCAGAGUUCACCGAUGAGAAUAACUCUGACGAGGAAAAGAGAAGCAUUGCAAAGCUGAGAAAGAGGGCAUCCAUUGUCGGCGAGCAGCACCACAUCAACAGCAUGCAGAUGGAUUCCCUUACGAGCAUGUGGCCAUUUCUCGUGAAGCACCUUGACGCGAGCAAAGUCCUAGAUCUGCUAUUCCUUUCCGGCGGCAUUUCAGGGCAGGAGGCAGAACAGAUCCGGAAACUUCACGGUGCCGCUGAUGGGAAAAAGAUUGCCGUGCGCUUCAUGCUUGGUCUUUUGCACAAGAAGCCACCGCACAUCGACACGUUAUACCGCUGUAUCAUACAAGAGCAGCCGUCAUUGAAGACGUUUGUAAUGAAGAAACUCCGAAUAACCUGUGGCAAAAUUGACAUGAAUGAGUUGAAAGCACUUCCAGCAAGUACAAGCAUAGUGAGGGAAGACUUUGAUGAUUUAAAAUUUGACGCCGGUGAGGAUUUAAUGAAAUUGAUAGCGGCCGACGUCGACAUCGUACCACCUGCUGAUAUUUUGGAGCCUAGAAAUCGGAAAAAGAAGAAAGCAGAUGAGGGAGAGGCUGAGGCACCCAAGUCAGAGUGGAAAACGAUUGUUCGACCCAACAUCAACUAUCUUCAGAAUCGAAUUGACAUCGUGGAAUUUGGAUCGCGUUGUGUCGAGAAGGAACUGAUUUCCGAUGAAGAUUGGUUGAAAAUGCUUCCGAUGUUUGAAUCGGGACGUGAGAUGAAUGUACUGUAUCGUUGGAUUCGCAAGACAGGUCCAUCCGGAUACAAGCUUUUCAUUGAUAUCCUUAAAAGCUUUGGUGAUCGCUAUCGAGAAGUCCACCACCAUCUGUUCAAAUUUGCGAGAAAGCUAAAGGAUGAGGAGAAGAAAGCUGCAGAUGAGAAAGCAAAGAAGAAAGCCGAAGAAGAAAGGGCUGCAGAGCGGGAAGCCCGCGAUCACAAGUUCCCGGAGCUGAGCCAGCCAUUCUCAGGGCGUGAUGAGCUGGUCGAGCAGGCGAUCACCACCCUAAACAACAUGCUGCAGAGCGAGGAGACCGAGAAGCGUGUUCUGGCCCUGAGAGGCUCCAACGGCAUGGGAAAGAGUAGCAUAGCCAUUGCGGUGGCACGCAAGCUGGCCGAGAUCGAGGACAACUACGUGCAUUUCGUGCCGCUGCGCGGAUGCAUCACGUGUCCGGUCGCCGUGCGACGUAUCGUGCACAUCAUCUCACCGAACAGCACUGGCAAUAGUAUGAAGACCCUGGAGGAGGAAAUCAGCGUGCUAGAAGGCAACCCGGUGCUGAUACUGGAUGACCUAGAGGACUGUGUCUACUCGGUCAGCAACAACACCGCACAGCUCAGUGACUCAGACUACUCCGUAGCGGAGAUGCUUGAAAGGAUCCUGGACUACCACAACACGGUGCGUAUCAUUCUGACAUGCUGCCAGACCAUGGAGGGAGACCUUGUGGAAAUGGAGGUGCCAGCGCUGGAGCCCGCGAUAUCCUACAAGCUGAUGCGCACGCUGGCGCCAUGCCUGAGCAAAAGUGAGACGCGCGAAGUAGCCAAGUUCAGCUCCGGUUGCCCACUGGCCAUCCACUUGCUGGUGUCACUGGCAAAGUACCAUCCGGAAUGGACCAUGACACAGGUGCUUGAGCAUGCUGCAGAGCACCGCAGUGACAUGAACUACCCGUCAUGGACAGAAACCGAUCAGCUGGUCUACAUCCUCACUGAGAUGGCCUCCGACAUGCUCAGCGAUCAGCAGAAAAUAGCGUUCGGAGCCAUGUGCAUCUUCCACGCGGCCUUUUCAACAGGCGCCCUUGUUCAUCUGCUUCACUUCAGCAGCCCGACCCUGUUGGAAAGACACAUAAUGGGAGAGCUGAAGAAACGCUCACUGGUCAGCCACAACACGCUGCUCAAUCGCUACGUCAUGCAGCCAAUCGCUCUCAAGCACGGCUUUGCCUCGCUGGAGGACAGAGAGCACCGCGUGUUCCGCCGCUUAUACACAGCCUACUAUUUCAACGAGCUGAACUAUAUUGCAACCGUGGAACCCCUCACCCAGGACGACGUGGAAGCCAUUCAGGAUAAUUUCCGGCUGGACUAUCCGCACAUGCUGCGUGCGUUCCGGUACUGCACGGAUAUCCGUGACAGCGAGGUUGUUCGCAACCCGACCGCGUACAACAUUUUCGCUCUGGCCUUCCCGGACGAUACGGUGUACAGCUUUCUGCGGCGCGCUGCGUACCUCUCCACGGUCUCCGGCAGUCACUAUCUUGUGUGCGCCACUCACCUGACAUUGGCUUACUUUGAAGAGCAGCUGCAGGAGUGGGGACGUGCCUUGCAGACGCUCGCCGUAGUCUUCCAGGGCUGCAUAGACUUUGUCCGGCGGCCGGGCAUGGACCCGGAGCAGGCCAUGCAGUUCCACGAGCUCCUCUACUUCUGCCGGCACCUGGAGCGGCGCUUCAGGAUGCGGCUCGGCGAAUCGGACAGCGUGGAAAUCCGCACCUCCGCCAUGGUGGCGUACCGCGAGUACCACAUGCUGAAAGCGCACCACACGCCGCUCCUGACGCUGCUCGACCUGCAGACACUGGCGUGCACCGGCGGAUGGAAGCAGAUUUCCGACUUGCUGGUGAGGCAUUUCGAGGCGGUGAAAGUGGGCAUGGUCAGGCUCAACGUACCGGCAAGAGAUGAGAAACAGGAGGACAAGGAGAAAGAGCCUAAGGAGCCACAGCCAGAGCCUACGGAAGCCACGAAAAUUGCAACAUCCAAGUAUGCCAGCGACGGUGUAGUAGUUCUAAUUGCGUAUGUAUCGCUAUGCAUUCAAUCCACCGAGUACAUGCCGCCUCAUCAGGAUUUCUUGAAAAUGGCCAAUAAGCUGCGACGUAUUGGCCUGCUGCUGAGACUAGCCAAGGAUCAACGUGACGCCGCCAACGAACUGACAAAGUACUGGUAUGCCUUGUUCUACGACCAGCGCACGCAGACCGACGGCAUGCCCUUCCAGCAGCUGUACACCGCUAUGCUGCGGGCCCGUCGCUACUCCGCCUUCCCGGCGGAUCCCAUGAUCGUCGGGCCGAGUAUGGGCCUUCCCGACUGGCACCUGGGCCUGGAGCGCAACCACCCGGUCCGCAUCUUCAUGGAGACCGGUCUGUACACGCAAUCUGUGAAAGACGAGGACGACUACCGAGAGAUAAUGUCAACGCUGGAUGAGGAGGAACGCAAGAUUCUCGUUCUCAUGAACAAGGCAUGGCAAUAUGAACACGAACUGCUGACACCGUUCAUCGAGGCCUGGGAGGACAACCUCGGCGCCGACGAAUCGUGGAUGGUGGUGGAGAUCGAGGGCAUUCCGUUCCACGGCACCGAGAUCAUCACCUACGCCACCUUGCUCGGCGUGCAGCACGCCGCCAAGUUCCACGGGACGUCGAUGUCCGACGACGACCUAGUCGUGCUCUUCAGGUUCUGUCGCGUGGCUACCUGCUGCGGUCACUGCCUCAAGUUCAAGAGUCCGGACGUGAAGAUGAACUACUGCCAGCGCUGCACCGUCGUGCUCUACUGCGACCGCCAGUGCCAGAAGACGCACUUCCCGGCGCACAAGAAGGUCUGCGCACGACUUAACCAGAUCAAGCGCAAGGCGCAGAUCUAGUCCUGCGGCGUCUCGCUGAUGAGAGCGGUCACCUGAUGUCGCCAAGGCUCUUUCCAAUAAAGGCCAUUGGUUGUGGAGCAGUGAAGCUACUACCACCACCACUACCACUGCCGGCAUCACAACUGCCUGGCGUACAGGAUAUGCCACGACUACCCCCAAUACUUUCCCCAGACAUGAAUGAACAUCAUGCAUAUUGAAUACACAUAAGCAUUGUCUGCCAUGCGGCAAGACUGUGACUAUCGAUCUUAUCUGAUAUUUUUUAUUAUUGAUUUGUGCUGUUACUACUCUUUUUUUCUCGUUCACUGUUCGUGCUUUUGGCGUUUUUUCCAGUCUGAGAGUGCUAUGCGCCAUGUGCUACCGUAGUACCGAGGCAUGUGCAUGUACAUCCAGACAACCCACCGCAGCCAACCCGCAUGUACAGAACGUGUAGUCUGGCUGCACCGGGGUAUGAGUGCUGUAUGUAAGAGAAUGAUGUAAUGUGCAUUAGAGAAUGAUGUAAUGUGCGUUAGAGAAUGAUGUAAUGUGCAUUGGAGAAUGCUAGCGUCGAGAGAAUUUAAAUUUUUACCCUCUGUAUCCACUUAUUGACAAGCGGCAAGCAUGUUUGCUUCUUUAAAUUCAGAUUUUCCACAUAGCAUUGAGUGAUGACUAUAGCAAGAUUGUUUGCUCCUUCUGAUAUCACUUAUCGCUCUGUGAAUACCAAUUAUCAUUAUUUCCACCUCUACACUAGAAUGUUUGGAAUCCAAUGAUUUCUGCUGCGCAGAUAUGUCUCAGGAA